AUGAGAGAGUCUAAAUGGGAAUCUUUGAUUGAAGAUGUCUCUUCAUUUUGUGUGAGGCAUGAUAUUCUAAUUCCUGAAAUGGAUAAGAACUAUCAUAUUGGAAAGUCAAAGCACAAGAGUUUAAGUGUCACAUAUUCUCAUCAUUUGCAUGUAGAAGUCUUUAAUGUUGUUAUUGAUUUGCAACUUGCGGAGCUUAAUAGUCGUUUUGAUGCAGUGAAUACUGAUUUGCUUCUAGCUUUCUUGAAAGAAAAAGCCGCCAAGGAUGCAUUAGCUUUAUCUAAAAAGAUAUCUUCUCUUACUAUUAAAACUGGAAAAGAUGAUUCGACGAUAUUAAAGUCGAAGACACAAAGGUGCAUGGUUUGCAAGAAGAAGGUGGGAUUAAUAGGGUUAAGUUGUAAGUGUGGUCAAAUAUAUUGCAGGAAUCAUAGAUAUCCGGAGGAACAUGCAUGCAAUUUCGAUUUCAAGUCUAUAGGCCGUGCGAUUUUGGCUAAGGAAAAUCCUCUCUGCAAAGCUGAUAAACUUGAGAAUAGGAUCUAA